AAAUCUUGUUUAUGGAUUGUCAUCUGAUUGUCAAAUUGGUGUACAAUAAUUUGACUUCUGUCAAAGCGGUCUUUCUUUUGCUUCUGUCAAUCGAAUAGAAACAUGGCUGAGGUCGACGAAACUCUGAAGAAGAAGCGUACCUUCAGGAAGUUUACCUUCCGAGGGGUUGACUUGGAUCAGCUUCUUGAUAUGCCCAAUGAACAACUUAUGGAGUUAAUGCACGCCCGUGCUCGCCGGCGAUUUGCUCGUGGGCUAAAGAGGAAGCCAAUGGCACUGGUGAAGAAACUUCGCCGUGCCAAGAAAGAAGCACCUCCAAAUGAGAAACCAGAAAUUGUAAAGACUCAUCUGAGAAACAUGAUCAUUGUUCCCGAAAUGGUUGGCUCUAUUGUUGGAAUUUACAAUGGAAAGACUUUCAAUCAGGUUGAAAUCAAGCCUGAGAUGAUUGGGCACUACCUUGGCGAGUUCUCAGUCACAUACAAGCCUGUUAAGCACGGUAGGCCUGGUAUUGGUGCCACGCACAGCUCCAGGUUCAUCCCUCUCAAGUAGAAUGGAUCUAUUGUGUUUAGGUUAAGCGAAAAAUGUUUGCUUAUAUACAUUAAAGUAUGUUUGUGAACACUA